AUGGCGACGUGGCGGCGGGACGGCCGGCUGACGGGCGGCCAGCGGCUGCUGUGCGCGGGCGCGGCGGGGGCGCUCAGCCUGAGCCUCACCGCGCCGCUCGAGCUCGCCACCGUGCUGGCCCAGGUCGGCGCCCGGCGGGGCCAGGCCCGGGGGCCGUGGGCCGCGGGGCUCCGCGUGUGGCGCGCCGAGGGCCCCCGGGCCCUGUGGAAGGGGAACGCGGUGGCGUGCCUGCGCCUCUUCCCCUGCAGCGCCGUGCAGCUCGCCGCCUACCGCAAGUUUGUCAUGCUCUUCACGGAUGACCUGGGUCAUAUUUCCCAGUGGAGCUCUAUCAUGGCUGGGAGUCUGGCGGGUAUGGUUUCCACCAUUGUAACCUACCCUACAGACCUCAUCAAAACCCGGCUGACCAUGCAGAACCUGCUGGAACCAUCUUACAGAGGGAUCGUCCAUGCUUUCUCUACUGUUUACCAUCAGGAAGGGUUCCUGGCCCUUUAUCGAGGGGUUUCCCUUACUGUUCUAGGUGCUCUCCCGUUCUCUGCUGGCUCCCUUCUCGUUUACAUGAACCUGGACAAAAUCUGGAACGGACCCCGAGAUCGGUUCUCUCUCCUCCAGAACUUUGCCAAUGUCUGCCUCGCCGCUGCAGUAACCCAGACCCUCUCCUUUCCUUUCGACACAGUGAAGAGAAAGAUGCAGGCUCAGAGCCCAUACCUUCCGCACUGUGGAGGGGUGGACGUCCAUUUCUCAGGAGCAGUGGACUGCUUCCGGCAGAUAGUCAAGGCCCAAGGGGUACUGGCGCUCUGGAGUGGACUGACAGCCAACUUGCUAAAGAUAGUUCCGUAUUUUGGAGUUAUGUUUGGCACCUUUGAGUUCUGCAAGAGAAUCUGUCUUUACCAAAAUGGUUACAUUGUGUCUCCUCUGAGCUAUCAAUUGACCCCAGGGGUGGAUCAGAGUUUGAAGCCCCAGGAAUUACGGGAAUUUAAAAAGUUCUUCAAAACCAGACAGCUAAAGUCUAAGAAACCAACUCUUUAAAACUGAAUGGAACAAGAAGUGCACUGACUGAAGGCGUGUUACAAUCAUAGAAAAGAUGUGGCCUCGUAAUUGUGUGUGUGUGGAGUGACAAGAGAAUCCUCCUGUCUGCUGCUCUCAGAAACGAGAAGGUUGGGCCGUAUACCACCUCUGAGCUUUGAACUGAUGUCCUGGUGAACACCUGUGCCAUAGGAGGUUUCCCAACAUGACUGUUGCCUGGUGGCAUUCCACCCGAUUUUGUAACAAAGCGCCGCUGUAAUGAAAUGUGCAAUGUGCAUGUGCAACUUACAUGACACCAAAGAAAUGGCAUCACCAUGACCUCAAAGCAACAUGUAGUUGAAGUGGCUGAGCAGAGAGAUACCACAUCACGAGCUCAGCUGCUGGGUCACAGCUUGCACUGACCUAGCUUUGCUCCAUUUCACCCGAGACUUCCCCACACAGUUGUUCUGAAACUCCUAAUCCUUGCUGACUCCUGAGUGUACACACUUUGGUGUAAAUUAUGCCUUAGCAGAAACUAAAUUAAAACAUUUAACAUUUAAAAAUUA